AUGAAGCCGCCGAAAAGGCGGCGUUCGGCCCCUGCUCGCUAUGCCCUGGGCCCCGUAGCCCACGCUUGGACAGAUCAAGAGAAGAGGCGCCUCCUCAAGGCCUUAAGAGCCCACGGAGAGGGCCCGCUGCGCCCGGAGCUACUGAAGGAGUAUCUGCCGCGCAGGGAUGAAGCUGAGAUCUUGGCCUUCGUGGAACUACUGAAAGAACGGGUAGCAAGGGAAGCAGUCAGUGCACAAUAUCAGUCUCUCAAGCAUCAACGGCAGGCUGGCCCAAUUCCAGCACCUAUCGAGGUAUGGACAUUGCUGGCUGAGAAGCUGACAGGCAGUCUUGAGGACAGUGUGACAACUGCAUUUUCCCAGGUUCUAACUGUUGCAUCUGCUGAGCCCCUCAGCUUGCUUCAUUCUGUGCCCCCAAAGCCUGUGGACGCAAAGACCCAACAGUGUUCAUCCCCAGCUGCACGUGCUAAGAGAACAGAAGACUCUCAGACCGUGAUCCUCCCACCAAAUGUAGAACAGGCUCCUGCAGAAGAGCAAGGAUUCCAUGUGGACUUUGAAAAGAUCUACAAGUACCUGUCCAUGCUCUCACGUGGGUCCAAAGCACCAGAACUCUCACCUGGUGAGGCAGCUGUGGUCCUGGAUCUAUUGCUGUCACUUCCAGAAGAGCUGGUUUUCCUAGAUAUUAGGAAGCUGAAGAGGCAUAUGCACAAAUGCUAUGUGGAGUUAAAUGGCCAGGGUGCUGGUGAGAGAAGCAGAACACAAGCAGAUUCAAGCCAGCCUGACAGCAGUAGCAGAGAUUUAUGCAACACAUCUCUCCCUGUGUACCGGAUCCCUAAUUACCAUCCACAACAUAAAGAAGAUGCUAGUUCCACAGACACUUCUAAUGCUGACGCUCUUGAGGCUUCUGUGAUGGACUGGGAGACUUUGGGUAUCUGCCCUGUGAACUCUUUCUUACUUCCUUUAGAUAUUUUGGCACAAAAGAAAGACAGCUUGGACUGA